AUUAUAUUUGCCAUCUAAAAGAUUGUCAAUAGCAUCAAAUAUUUUUGCAACUGGGUUACACCUAUCCAUCAUUAUAUUUGCCAUCUAAAAGAUUGUCAAUAGCAUCAAAUAUAUUUGCAACUGGGUUACACCUAUCCUCGGCCAAUUUGUUUUGAGCAGAAUGGAGUGUCACCAGCUGAUUUGUUCACUGACGCCUCAGAAUCAAUUUUACUGAAGGAAUCAUCAGUCUAGAUAAAUAUAUGGCAUUGCGAGCUUAAAGCGGAACCCUUUUAACUAUCUGGCUUAAAUGAACCCGAACCUAAAAUCAUAUGAAAUGAAGAAGAAAAGGAUAAUCCCAUUUAAAUUCAACCUAUUAUAAUAUGAAUCACUGCCCAUUUCAAGCAUGAUAAUGGCAUAGUUUUAAUCUAAUUAAUAUGUCUUUCGUUGGCUGCAAUUAAAAAAAAGAGAUUAUUCUCCAAACGAAUAAAAUAAAUAUAAAUUAGAUAAAAAAAUUCAACACAUUUACCGUAAAAAUUAUCUUAUAUGGAAAGAAGCAUAACAAAAGACUAAGGGCAGUAUUCCCAAUCUCAACAGUAUUAUCAAAAGAUAAAUUGAAUCACUUAUAAAUAAUAUGAUUUAAAUUUUUUUUAACUUGCUUCUAAAAUGGAGAAUGUGGUUGAAGCCGAAUCUCACCUCAAUAUAGGAAAUUCGCCUCGCCUAAAAACUAUACUCGAUAGUGGAUUUUAUGACGAUAGUCCACCCGACCAGCUUUCUCUGCGUUCUUCGACAUCUUCUUCGAAAGAAAUACCCGCCAAAAAUGUUCAUAAUUGCGCGAACGUUGACUUUUCCAAUCGGUACCUUGGAGGUUCAUAUAUCACCAAUAAUCAAGACAAUUACCUAAAUUAUAGUAACGAUAUCGAGAAUAGUCGAAUCACCGAUUCAUUCUCCUCUACUAGUUCUCGGGACACUACUAGUCUUAGUUCCGGCCCUAUUCUGAGCUGUAAUCUUAGCGCUGAUAGUACAGAUGGAAGCGGAAAAUAUCUUAAAAUUUCCGAAAAAUAUGGUAAUGAUUAUUCGUCGAAAUCGGUUUACGGAGGUGAUCCUUCUUGCUACACGACUUUACCCCAUAUUAAUUGGAAACGGAUCGAAGAUGAGCUUAAUCUGUCUCGUGCCAAGCUUCAUUCUUCUUAUAUGCUCGACACAGAACUAGUCAGGGCUAAACUAGCUGCCGAUUCAUCUUCCGAAGAAGAUGAAAUCUCUUACAUGUACGGAAAUGAAUCUUUCAUUCCAACAAAUCUUUACAAUCACAAUGCAAUAAUGAAGGUUAGCUCAUCUUACGAUUGUACUUGCCCGGUGUGGGCCACUAAAUUAAGACACCACGAACAGAGGCACCUGCGCAAUAAACUCAGGGCUUCUUUGCCUUUUAAUAAACCCGCCCCUUCCCUAAACACUUAUAAAAUUGGGCAAAAUUAUUCUGGCAUUGGCCUUUUGAAUAGUUACGAUGGCAGUUUCAAAAAUAAUGUUACAAAACUUGUUAACGAUGAAACAGAUUAUGGUAAAGAAUGUGGCUCACCAUCUUUCAACCUCCAGAUAUGUUUCAUGAACGAUCCCAAGAAAAAAAAUGACAACGUAUUGGACAAUAUUACCAAAUCUUCCUUAAUCUCUACAAAUACUUCGCCACAAAUCAAAAUGGAAUGUAAAUAUCUCUCGCUCACUAAUAUAUCUAAUUUAAAUGUCAAUUUAACUGGCCGUAGUCGUGUAAAUGCAUUUUCUUCCCUUUCGAACAUUUUCGCACUUAAAUCUAUACCUUCCUAUCGGACAACCAAUCAUGAAUCGAAGCUUACUUCUCCUAGCAAUGGAUGUUUGGCCGUUCUUCCGCAACGACUCGAUUUAAUUAGAAAGGAUUCUACAAGAGAUAAAAAGAAACAAACCCGCGCCAAAAAGCGAAAUGUUCCCUUAUUAAGAAAUUAUCAUUACGAUGCGGAAGAUGAAACAAAAACUCAUAGUGUUACCUCCCAUAGCACGAGAUCUUCCACUAUAAAAAACGACCGUUUAUUUCGCUGUAGACAACCGGUGCCAAUAUAUCCUAUGCUUCAUCACAGUUUUGAUUCUUAUCUUGAAGUAAAGCCCCAACAAGAAAAAAUAGAGGAUUAUUAUUAUGAUGAUGUAUUAUACCUUUCUGAGGACAUAGAAAACGGAAACUAUGAGAAAAAUAACGGUGCUUACAGAAUAGAUGACAAACAGCGAAUUCAUAAAGUUUGCCCUAAAAUCAGUGCAGACGAAAUCAACGACUUACCGCUUUUAGUUGAAAAACAGCUCGAAUUACAAAAAGGCAAGGCUAGAUUAGCCCUUUCUCAGGCCCCAGCAAUGGCAAAAAUGCAAUUGGAAGUCGAAAAGGAACUUAGCAAAUUUUCCAAUUUCAAAACCAAAAAAUCUCCCAAAAGAAGAGCCUCUAUUCAUGCUUCCAGAUUCGAAAAUUCGAAUCUCAAGAUUUGUUCCUUCGCGGAAAUAACUGCUUUCAAAAUCAAAACUAAAUUAUUUACUCCUAAACAACCUAACAAAAUGGGCGAUAACGUUAAAUCAAUUAUAAAGUCCUCCAUCUAUCAAAAUCACAUGAACAGUCAAAAACCGUUGAAAUCAGUUCAAUCGAACAAAAAAUACGAACUCUUUUAUCAAAUCUUAGAAAAACUAUCAAAACUGUACGGAAUAAAAUUGGAUAGAAACAGUAAUUGGUCAUCCUUGUUUUCUCUCAAAAUUCUGUGCAGCAUGCCAACCGCUCAAUUGCAAACAUUGACCAAUGCUCUUCUAAAUCAAAUUGAAGUUAUGAAUGAAGAUCUAAUGGAACUUCUUAUGGAGCGAGACGAUUUGCAUAUGGAACAAGAUUCAAUUUUAGUGGACAUCGAAGAUAUAACUGGAAGAGUAAAAGACAAAGCAAAAUAUUAUCAACAAGCUAUAGAUUUGCAAAAAAAUCGUCACAUGAAUUGAACAAUACUUUCGUUUAAAAAAUGAUUAUACUUCUCAAUUUUUGUUCACAAUAAAACAUUUGAAUAGGUGCGAUAGAGCCUUAACCAUCAAAACAGAUUAUUUUAAUAUGUCAAAAAUUUAAAUUGAAUAUAUUACAAUAGAUUAGUAAAUAUGGAAUUCCUGAAAUAUUUUUUUUAUAUUAAAAUAUGAAAUUUGUUACAAUUUACAAGUGAGCUAUAU